AUGCCACUGACACUUGCCUGCUUGUUGGCUUUCAUCGCAUAUGCUAUUGGUUACAGCUACGGACAAGAGAUUAUUACUGAACAAAAAUUUGCCUGCGUAUUCAAUACUAUCAGUGCCGCAGUAAGAACAAGCCGUUUCGAUGGCCUGAAGAAAUCGGGCUGGAAAGCAUCGAAUAACGAUGAAGCAGCCGUGUUUCUUGCGCAUGUCUUUCACGAAACUGAUGGACUGAAAACUGUGCGAGAAUAUUGCGCACCAGGUUGCGGUACGAACUAUGCUGGAUCGUGGUGCUCAAUUAAGGGCAAACCCAAUAAAUUGUAUUAUGGUCGAGGUUGGUUUCAAUUGUCAUGGCCUUGUAACUACCAUGCUGCUAGUAGAUCUCUUGGUGUCGACUUAUUGAGUAAUCCAGAUCUAAUUGAAAAACAGCAGGCUCUCGCUGUCAAAACAGCCAUCUGGUUUUACAAGACAAAUAAAAUGGAUGUCCCUUCUAAACAAGGUGAUUUCGCAGCGACUACUCGAAUUAUCGAUGGAAAAUUAGAAUGUAAUGGUGGAUCAGGAGCUGCUAAGCAAAAGAAACGCGUUGAAAGCUGCAAGCGAAUUCGAAAAUGUUUUGGAUUAGGUGAACCGAAGAAGAAUUCGAUGUGUUAA